AUGCUUACCAAAGGGAGGAAAGUUGCUGGAAGGGGUGAAGAAAUGUCUGCACAUUAUGCAUUUGGACCGCAGGAGGAUGAUGCGAUUAUUAAACACAGGCUUCUGACUAGGACGACAACUACCAGGGGUGAACCGCCGCUAAAGAAGCUUCAGAAGAAGUUCAUGUCCUUUGCCACUGAGAUUGAGAAGGAUGCAGAUAACAUAAGUGACUGUGAGAGACUGUACAAGGCCUUCCUACAGGAAAUUAACACCUUUGAGUUGCCUCUUCUGAAAAGCAAGGCUGUUGUUGAUGCAAACAUUAGGGAGAAGGAGAGCUUCAAUGAGCUGCAAGUUGAGAUCCAGCGACAGAUCGUGCAAGCUCAGACUGAUAUUGAGGGUCUUAAGAGGCAACUUGAGCAGAGCAAGAUCGAGAGGCAGCACAAAGAGGAGUGUGAAGCAAUCCGAAAGAUGAUUUCUUUGCAGCCUCCACGGUCAGAAACAGAGAAACUUAUUGCAGAUCUUGAGAAGGAGAUUGCUGACUUGGAGGCUGAGAAUGUAGCAUGCAUAAGGACUUUGGAACUAAGGAAGAAGCAGUUUGCGCUUCUUCUGCAUGUGGUUGAGGAAUUGCAGAUUUCGAUUGAAGAUGAGCAGAAGAGUAUAGCAGAUGAGUUGAGAGCUGUCGCUGAAGAGCAGAAUAUGAGCAUAGAGGAAGGCAGCGGCGGUGCUUCAGAUUCCAUGGCCGUAGACUGAUCAAGAUCCAUUCACAUGGUGCUGCAAACCCUGCUUGCACCAAUGCGCUACAUGCUUUUCAGACAAUAUUGAAUCCUAACAGGUUGGUAGGAGACGCUUCUUGUCAUGGCUUUGUACCUCCUGUAAAUUCAACCAUAUGCUGCCUGUAAUCGACUGUCCAUGUACAAUGAACAGAAAGUACAAAUUGUUGUGU